CCAUGGUAGAAAUCUCAACAUCAUCAAAAUAAAGUUGCAUUAUAGUUGUUGUUGUCCCGCAACUGCUUCUGUUCGAAAGAUCUAAUUAGCAAUGCCUGAAUUAUUCACUGUUACGUUGCAGUAAAAGCAGAGUGAGUGAAUGCUCACUCGCUCUGAUCUCAUGCUGCAACAUAAAUAAUGCGACGUACAACGCGGAAUUCAUUUUAUUUUCCCGCGAUUGCUAUUGACCGCAGAGCCAAUGCACGUAUAACGCUAUCAGAACGAUUAUUAUUCGGAACAUUGACGCUUCUCUACAGGAUACGUAUUCUGUGGUCUAUAUACGUUUCGCAAGCAUCACGCGACGCGUUGGCCAACAACGGGUGAUUUUGCAGAGUCUCGGCUCAACGGAGCGACGCGAAACGAAAUUACGCUCAUCUCGUACACCAAAAGGCAGUUUAGCGGGCGAUUCUUUAAACUACACCGGAGUCCUUGUCGCCGACAGGAAAAUCAUUCAAGUGCACACAAAAGCCGCACAUUCAUCGCACAUUCAUUGCCCUUCUGUGAAGCAAUAUCCAUCCUGCCUCUGAAAAACAACUCGAUUCAGCCUCGUCCCGCUUACCGUGCAGCCUUUCUCAAACAGCGCUAUAGGACGUUAGACACUGUAAAUUUACAAAGGCUAUUCGUCCAUCCUCUUCAACAACAAUGGUCGAUGGUCUAUUGAUGCCAGGAAGUGCGUGCCCAAAUAACCGGCUGUGGUGUUCAAAUAGACCAACGAAUGUAUCCAUUCCAGUAGGACACAGGUUCCCAAGUUUUCACAACGUGGUGUCACUGGGUUAGAGGUGUUUACUCAGGUGCUUUGGAAUGCAACGUCCCUGUAGCUGAUCCGGAGCCUGAUGGAACGGUCUCAAGGGUAGGCCCAGAGAGUGCUACAGACGUUGUUGAAACGGGCGGUUGUAUAGGAGCACAAACACUCGUUGGGAAGGCGCCCAAUCUGCAAAAAGUCACAAGAUCAUGGGAGUAUUGAGGAUUACAUGCUGUAUAUUUCUGGCUGUGACACUUGGCUGCGCGGCCAUGCCAGUUGAUGAAGAUAAAAAUUCGACGACCUGCAAGCUUCUCUUCCCUCCGGCUAUUCCCUUCGGAAUGAAAUUUUUUCAACAUAUGCCGGCAGAAAACAGGGAGAAGCAUAUGGCAUGCUACAACAUUUCUAAACAGGAUGCCAUGCAGAGAGACGAGUCUUACGAGAGACAGAAAAAGAAGUGUCUUGAGUUGGUGCUCCCCGAUAUCGCUGCUGAGAUGCGAGAAAUGGAAGCCUGCAAGAUUGCAGCAGCGGGAACCAACAUGUCGGGAUCUGUCUUCUGGACAGUUGGUCAGAUUCGCAGAUGCAUCGCCGAUUAUGUCUUGUUUCCAGAGGAAGAUCAGGACGAACUUGACUUGGAAAGCAUUAAGAUGCAUUGCUUGGAAGAAGCCUUCCCAUCCCUGUCAGCAGAGGACAAAGUAGUGGCUUUCAAAAAUCUAACGAAACAAGCCAAAAUGCUUGGUCAUAAGUACUUCGACCUUCGUGACAAGCUGGACAUCUGCAUGCAUAAGGAGACGCUUCACAUGGAGGAUCAGGAAGAAUACAAAACAAAUUUGCCGCAUUGUCAAGCAAAAUUAUUUCCGGGACGCACAAUGAGCCAAGUGGAAGAAGAAUUGGACAGGAGCUUGCGGGAAGGAAACUACAGUGUACACUCCAUGUUGUACGGCUGUGUCUACAUGAUGUCAUCCAAAGCACGUUGGGAGCUCCAAAACUUUCACGUAGUUCAACGCUGCGCAGAAGAAGUACAUGCUAACGUCUCCAGUGACAUGAAGAGAGACGUCGAGAAACUGUACGAGAAGUACAUGGCCAACGCAACGAUCGACAAGAUGAUGGAGUGUCACUCACGUCGUCUUCAGGCGGACACCAAAAAGAUGGAAGACGGCCAGUUAAUGGUAGUUUGCAGACCUCCAAACUACGCGGGCCAUGCCGGUAAACAGAACGUGGAUAGAGAGACGCUGAUGCGACGAAACGUCGUCACUAGAAUGGUUGGUGAUUGCAUAAGGAGGCACGGGCCCACUGAGGUGACGACGAAAUACGAGGAGAAACUCAAGAGGAUGUACAACAAGUCGAACGCUGCGGCGGAAUGCGUGGGCAGAUUGUUCCGUCCCAACGUUUUCAGACAGUUCCAGAAGUAAGAAAUGUCAACAAGGCAAACAAGGCAUGCCUUAAACGAGGCAAAACAAGACUUCCCUUUUCUUCAUUGUGGCUCUUCCAACUUUGUCCCCGUUGAUACUUCGACGCCGUACCUUACUACUUUUAUUGUCUUCCUGUCCAUGUUUAUAAAUGUACGUUGUAAUUGGCGUAUGCAAUAAAUUUAUUACGUUACCUA